AUGCGCGGUGGAGGUUCCAACAUGCAGACCCAGAACUCGGUUUCCGAUGAUCUCCCGUCCCUGCCUGCUCGUUUCGGCGGUGUGGGAUUGCUGUCAUUUGUCAAAGUAGCUCCUAUCGCCUUCGCCGCCUCGCUGGAUUGGUCAGCCGAGGUGCUUUCCUCCUUCAUUCCCGCAAUAUCUCCACCGGCUGCUAAUUAUCUAUCUCAGCGUGAGAGGUGCGACGUCGUCUUCAAUCAACAACAAUUGCACAUCCUCGCACAGCUCUCGCCCCUGGAUCGAGGUCUUCUCUUAGAAUCAGCUUCUCCAAUUGGUCGCCGAUGGCUAUCUCUCAUCCCCUCAUCCCCUGCCUUUGUGCUCAAUGAUUUCGAAGUUUCUUCAGCACUCACCUACCGCAGCUUGUUCAAGCCCCAGGCCAACCAAUUCUGCCCUGGCUGUCACAAGCCCUACUUCCUCGGUCACUUUGACGUGUGCCAAUCACAACGCACCGUGUUCACGAUCCGUCACAACCGGAUCCAGUGGGCCCUUGUAUCUUCCCUCCGGAGAAUACCUGGAGCAGACGUAACUCCAGAACCGCCUAUAGCAGGAACGUCCUUGAGGAACGAUAUCCGACUUCGAGGUUCAGCGACUUGCGGUCUAUCCAAUGCCGACAUUGACGUUACGAUCCACGCACUCAGUGCGGCUGGCUCACAAGGUCUGGACCGUGCGGUUCCCUCUGAUUCUACAACCACACCCUCUGCCACCCUUCGAGCCGAAACCGAAGCAUCACUUAUCCAGGUUCUCGAUAUGCGAGCGAAAAUCAAGCGCAACAAAAUAGCCAAGCUUCCUACCUAUUCCGAUGCUGCCAUCUUCCAUCCCUUCGUUCUUAGUGCUGGUGGUUUCGCUCCCCCUCAAACUCAAGCUCUGCUUGAUAGUUGGAGGAAACCGAUGAACCCAUAUGCUUUCCAACACCUUCUUUCAAAGAUUUCUCUUGCAAUCGUGCAGGCACGAGCGCAAACUAUGCGAGCUCUGUGA